UGCACUGCACAUCAGUAGCUUUUUGGGUUGAUGUGGAGCUGUUUAUUGAGACGUGCAUUUUUUGGAGUCCAAGGGUCAGGAAAUUCAGCAGAACAAUGGAGUUCAAGACUGUUGCAAAUGAGAUCUGCAACUCUAACCUGAUGUGUCAAGGUGAAAAUUUCAGUCAAAAUGUGUUGCUGGGAGACAGGAUUAUUAAAGCUCAAAUCAAACAGGGGGCUGAAGGCCUUGGCCAUGGCUUUUCUGACUUCUCUAAUGUAUUCUCCUCAGAUUUACUCCCUGCAAGAAAUGGAGAAGCGUACACGGAAGGCUUUUUACUAGAAGUUUUUAACAUUCUCUUCAGUUACAUAAGAAAAACAUUUGAUGGAAAAAGUAAAGUUUUAGAUUUCCAUCACCCUCAUCAGUUACUGGAAGGCUUGGAAGGAUUCAACCUUGAAUUAGCUGAUCAGCCAGAACCUUUGGAACAGAUUCUUGGUGACUGUAGAGACACUCUAAAAUAUGGUGUUAAAACAGCCCAUCCUCGCUAUUUCAAUCAACUUUCCAGUGGCCUUGACAUGGUUGGACUGGCUGGUGAAUGGCUUACCGCAGCAGCAAAUACAAACAUGUUUACAUAUGAGAUUGCACCAGUGUUCAUUAUUAUGGAACGUUUAAUAAUCAAGAAAAUGCACGAGUUGGUUGGCUGGGGAGAACUUGAAGCUGAUGGCAUAUUCUCUCCUGGUGGUACUCUAUCGAAUUUGUACAGUGUGCUCAUAGCUCGAUACAAGUUCUUUCCUAUUGUGAAAUUAAAGGGAAUGGCUGCUCUACCAAGGAUUGUUCUCUUUGCUUCAGAACAUAGUCAUUACUCCUUUCAGAAAGCAUCUGCCGCACUUGGCAUUGGAAUAGAAAAUGUAAUUACUGUUCAGUGCGAUGAAAGGGGCAAAAUGAUUCCAUCAGAUCUGGAAGAAAAGAUAAUGGAUCAAAAGGAAAAAGGACAUGUGCCGUUCUAUGUCAGUGCUACUGCUGGGACCACAGUGUAUGGAGCAUUUGAUCCCUUUGUCAAGAUAGCUGAUAUAUGUCAGAAACAUGGACUCUGGAUGCAUGUUGAUGCUGCAUGGGGUGGAGGACUGCUACUAUCAAAAAAGCACAGGACAAAACUGAGUGGCAUUGACAGGGCUAAUUCGGUGACCUGGAAUCCACAUAAAAUGAUGGGUGUUCCUCUUCAGUGUUCUGCAGUUCUCUUCAGGGAGAAGGGACUCUUGCAAGCUUGCAAUGAGUUGUGUGCCAAUUACCUUUUUCAACCAGACAAACAAUAUGAUGUAAGCUAUGAUACAGGAGACAAGACCAUCCAGUGUGGCAGACAUGUGGAUGCUUUUAAACUUUGGCUCAUGUGGAAAGCAAAGGGAACACAUGGCUUUGAGCUACAAAUUGACAGCUGUCUGGAAAAUGCAGAAUACCUGUACAAGAAGCUAAAAUCUAGAAAUAACUUUGAAUUGGUCUUCCAGGAUGAACCAGAGCAUACCAAUGUUUGUUUUUGGUAUCUACCACCCAGUCUGAAGGACAUGCCAAGAGACAAAGAAUGGAAUACAAAACUGCAUAAGGUUGCUGCAAAGAUAAAAGCCCAGAUGAUGGAGGAAGGAACUGUAAUGGUCAGUUACCAGCCACUGAAGGAGAAGCCAAAUUUUUUCCGCAUGGUGUUUUCUAACCCUGCUUCUAAAAAAUCUGAUAUAGACUUCCUUCUGGAUGAAAUUGAACGGCUUGGGAGUGACCUAGAAUUUUAAUGUACAGUAAUCAUUUGUAGGUCUGAGGAAUAUGGGUUGCAGUAGGAAAAAUCCAGUCCAGUUGUCUUUUUUAAUGUCUUGUCUUAAAUUAUACAUAGUUGUUUUUUUUUUUUUUUUUUUUUUUUUUUCUUUUAGAU